UCAAGAACUGACCCACAGCUACAUGACACACUGAGGAGACAAGAGUUUGUUACGAACCCAGAUGUAUGGCCGCAUAAUCUGGCACCUUCUUAAGUCUGGAAAAAAGCCCCACCUUGCUUUGAUUUGUUUUGCUUUCCCUUAAAACUGCUCUCAGUUCAAGACAGGCCACAAACGAAGACGCAAAAUAGGAUAGAAGCACGGGAUUGACAAGGACGACCGAGCGUCAUGCGAGAGGAACAGUCUUGUGGCGACUUUCCCGAGGGUGGGGUCCUACCCAGUGAAGAGGAGCAAGAACGCCGCCCUAACAAGUGCCCCGUCGUUGUUGCACCACCGACGGGCGCUCGGAAGCGGCUGACAGGUCCCAAGAAAGAACCCCUAACGCAGGACGACAAGACCUCACUGGAGGGCCCGUCGACGCUCGCUCCCUCUUGCCCCAAACGACCCAAGAGGAAUUCUCCUUCUUCCUCGUCAUCCUCUUCGGCCUCCCUAGUGCCCGCCGUGAGCACGGUGUCACCUGUGCCUGGACAACCGUUCGAGGACCUCCACACGCAACGGGUGAUCGCUAACGUCCGGGAGCGGCAGCGCACGCAGUCCCUAAAUGACGCUUUCGCCUCGCUGAGGAAGAUCAUCCCUACUUUGCCUUCGGACAAACUGAGCAAGAUUCAAAUCCUCAAACUGGCUUCGAGAUACAUCGACUUUCUCUACCAGGUUCUCCAAAGCGAUGAGAUGGAUGCCAAGCUGGCCAGUUGUAACUACCUGGCCCACGAAAGGCUGAGCUACGCCUUCUCCGUAUGGAGGAUGGAGGGCGCUUGGUCCAUGUCCGCCACUCACUAGAUAUUCGCCCGUUCCUGAUCCUACCUGCCCCAAGAAACUCCAACCAGCCCCUGAACUCUAUCCCUGCAUUGCGCCCGAGAGAAACUGACUCUGAUUAUUAAAUCUUUCGCUGUUUGUCUACUAGCUACGGCUUCAACUUCACCAGCACCCGCCAUUUGACUCCUACCGCCAUGACCUGACCCUGCCUAAAGCUGACCUCUGACCUUCCAUCUUUUCACUUUUCUCAGAGCAGACCUCUACAGUUUCCCACUAUCCCAGAGGACAUCAUGCUUCAACUACAAGCCAACAAUCUUUCUCUUCUCCUAAUGGAGCGAUGCAACAAAUGCACAAAAACGACCCUCCGCCAUCUAAAGGAACUGACACCAGAGGUGUCUAAACUGACAUUUCCACACAACUCUGAAUCAAACUCUGGAAAUGACUCUGACUGAGUGGCAGAGUGCUGAUCUGAGAUCAGCGUUCGUUGACUUUGACUAUGUAUGGACACACAGAGGCAGACAUUGACUGUCAUAAGGACUCUACAUGUAUAGCUAACCUUAGCCUGAUGGAAAAAUGCUACGUAGACGCACUAUAUUCCCCCAUAUACAGAUGUGAUCAGAGUUGUUGCGCUUGUCAUGUAUGCUGUAUAUUAGCCAACAUGCUUCUGUGACAGUGUAACAAUCGUGUCAUGGUAUAUACCAUAUCCGUCUAAAUGUAUAAAGGUUGUUACGCUUUUUAAAAAAAUAAAGCUGUUGAUUAUGCAAUAUGAUGACUUGGUGAAUAGCAAAUGUAUCAAGGUAGAUAAUUUAAUGGCUUUCUUCAGUCGCAAAGAAA